UGUCCUUGUCUUCAACCUUUAUUUCACCCUACCUCUUCUCCUUAAUGCUCAGAACAGCAGUUUGACAGAUAUUGGACAGUUAAAGCAUGAAUUUUCUUGAAUAGAAGUCUUCCAUCCAAUUUUCCUCUGCUUUUCAAGAGCUUUAUGCCUGCUUAUUAGAAAAAAUGAUAAUAUUAAGUUAAAAUAACAUGCGUUUAUAGAAGAAUAGUAAGUAGAAAACGCAAGAUUCUCUCCUGAUGUUUUACUGGAAACCAUUUUGUUGUCUUAUCACAGUUCAUGAAAUGUCACGCAGUUGGUCACGCACAUUAAGUUAGCGCACCGGAGCUAGAAUACUGUUUUAAUAUUCCUGAAGAAUCUCUCGUCGAAAGAAAUUUCGGUUACCUCGCCUAACACAAAACAAUUCUGUAUAAAAUUAAGUUUCACGCCAGAACAAAGCGUGCCUGACUUCGUAAAGUGACUUUUAGCACAAAGCCAUUCAAAAGUUAAUCAUUUAAGACCUGUCACUUAUUGUUUGAUUAGCCAAUAGAAUCACUCCAGACACAUUGCCCUGACGACUCUUUCGUUUACAGCAAGCAACUCUAGUGUAAUUUUAACUUUUUAUCUCUGAAAGGAAAAAUUAUUGUAACUUUAAACAAAUUGGAUUACAYACUUGUUAUUUAAACGCUUGGGAAGUUUCUCAGGGUUUURAAAGAUGCCACAGUGGGUCGAAUUGCCGCCGAAUCUCGUGCCCUGUGCUGCRACAAAUGGGAAGUCAAUUUACCAAACRGACUACUCGAGCAAACGACCCGGCUUUCAAAUACAUCUUCAAAAAGCAGCCAGAGGAACAAAAAACUUUCAUCAUCCACGGUUACCCAAGGAACCGAGCAGAAGUUCUUUGAGAGAAAGUCAGACAGGAAGCUAUAUGAACUUUAAAGAGGAAUAUGAUAAAACAUUAGCAGCAAAAACUGGUAGAACUGUMCGYAGCAUCCCAAAAACUCCGGAAUCUUCGAACUCCAAAGAUAAAGAGAUUUAUAGAGAAAUCUUAUCGGAGUACAUAGGACCYAGUCUAGACUUAGCGCGCCAAGCUUGGAAGAAUGAAACAUCUGCGGUAAAUCGUGACAGAGAGCGAAUGUACGGUCUGGCGGGAAAGAAGGUCGAUAUUGUACCWAGACCUCCACGAACUGGUGAAAGUAAGAAGACAACAACCCGAGUUUUACCAGGAAUGAAAAAAUGGCUGAAUAAAUCCAAUGAAUAUGAAAAAGCAGUCGUUUGUAACUUCAUGGAUCAUGUUGCCAAAGCAACCACGAAGGAUCCCCUUGUACAAYCAGUUACCACAGUAAGACCAAAGACAGCUCAACCCUCAGCCACUAGACCCAAAACACCUCAGCCAUCCAAGCAGAAGUUUACUAACGAAGUCUUCUAUAAACAACAACGGGCCAAAAGUGCACACUCGCAAAGGAUCACGGACAAGCUUGAUCUACCCCCUCGUCCUAGGACUGUCCAUUCAUUUAGAAACGAGAAUCUUGAAGUGCAGCAUGAUGACGCGGUGGUGGAGARCCCSGUCAAAGAAAGCAGUCAUGGCAAUCACGYCCACCAUACCGAAGGAAAAUGCGAGUUUUGUGACUAUUUGAGGGUUAAACAGUUGUUGGAGUAUUUGAAUAGACACGAUUCGCAGCUCGGUGAAGCAACUCUGAGGCAUCUAUUACGUCCUCGCUUCAGCCCUACCUACGGUUACCCAGCGUACGAGGACUACGACUACAUUCACGAGAACUCCUUCUUUAAUUAUACAAGCGCAAGGGAUCGUGGGUAUUUUAUUAUCGCUCCUGAUUGGGUAUCGGAAAGAAAGGGUAUACCACUUCCUAAACACAGAGGAUAACAUUGAUCCCCCCUCUAACCGUGCAAGUUACUUGUACUCAGGAUCUCUCGUGAUCGAAGAUGGCGGAUGUUCGGCUAUUUGUAAUAUAUUUGGAAUAAACUUAUGUUAAGAGUGAAAACGACAUUAUUGUUCCAUGGUUGAAAUAAUUGGAAUAGAAAUCGCUUUUAUAUAAAAAAUAUUUUUAUAUUUUUAAGAAAAUACCUGAAGUGUUUUGUAGAGCAUAAAUGUAUUUGAAUAUAUUUUUUAUAGCUUAAUUAUUAUGACGCUGUUUUCUCGAGCAAUUGUACGUGAAUUUCCUAAAAACUAUCUUUAAUUAAAGAUUUUUCCAUUUUACUAUUAGUAAAAACUUGUAAAAUCGGUCUAUCCCACUUGACUGAGUGGUGUAUAAUCAUGACACUAUUUAAUUGAAUACGAAUUGGUUUGUUUGUUUAUUUAAAUAAAGAUGCAUUAUCUACCUAAA